AUGCCUCCUCGCAACCAUGGAAAGAAGAGAGCUGCCAAGACCCCUCAGAAGAUACCUAAGAGGCAAAAGAUGGCCUCUAAGCAUGUUAAGUUUGACAAUGGAGCUGUUAUGACCCAGUUUAGACUGUCUGGUGAAUUCUCAUCUGAGGAUACUGUCCAAGAUUCUCCAGCAAAGAAGAGAGGUGGUAGAAAAGGUCCAGGAGUUCAGGAUGUUGCUGAAGGAGAGGUGCUCAUGGCAUUCGUGUUGCCCCGAAGAGAUCGUGCCAAUCACCAGCAUGAUCCAAGUGGGGAGAGCUCGAUAAACAAGUGCAUGGUGACCAAUACUGCAAAUUGCUAUGCUCUAAUGUUUGGAUCCUUGUAG